UUCAGGCGUAUGGAGCCCCUGGGAGCACGAUGGGAGGCGCCCCCAGGCGCACCCCUCCUUCCCCUGCGCUAUCGGUGAUGCCUAGGAAAUGGACGCACAGGAAAGUUCCCCGAAGUCAGCGGAGCUCCGCGCCUUUCCAUACACCCCGGACUCACCCCAUAACCGCAUGCACAGCAGGGGACCAUCCCAGUCCCGCUCGCGGCGCCAGCGCACUCCUCCCCUCAGCGCCCCGCUCGGGAAACAGGCGUUACUGGCUUGGGUUGUUUACGCUGCGCUGGACCCAGCACCCGGUGUGACAGUCAUUCGCCCCGGCUUGACCACCCGCCCCCAUAGUUUUCCUGCUGCUCGGCACUCCAGGGGCUCCAGCUUUUGCAUCGGAUGCUGCCUGCUCUCCACAGUCCAGUGCGUGCGUGGUUUCUGCCCGCACCCUUCUGUCGGAAGUCACAACAUCGCGGGUGGGCGCGUCACUGCCCUCCCUGGGCUCUGGGGCCGGCGAGCAGCGGGGGCAGCCCUAUGGAGCCAGGACACGACCUCAGGAAGCGGUGCCAGCUUCCCACAACGCCCCCGGAGUCAGGCUUCCGAGGUUUAUACGGCAGAGGACUCUGCCGUCCAUGCGGACCCCACACUGCCCUGGCCACUCUGUGGGGAGACUGCUCUCACACUUGCCCUGACCCGGACGCCCUUGAGGAAGACUUGGCAGGUGUGACCCAGCUCAGGUUCAGCUGCUUGUCACUCAAGAAUUCCAAACUGAGAGACAAGGGAUUCUGGUCUCUCAAAUUCCAAACUGGGGAAGAGGAAAGAGCCGUGCUGGGGAAGCCGGCCAACACGGGGAGAAGGUGGACUCACAGCCCAGUGAACCAGCGACCCCUUUCCCAGCUUUGCUCGGAGAUCACCCGGGGAAAAGAGGCAGGGGCUGGUCUUCUAGCUUCGGAGACGCUCGUGUCUCUCACCCAGCUGUACACAGCUGGCACUUGGCCUUGUGACUGGGAUAUUGGCUGAGCCUUGCAUCUCCGGUCAGCUGGUCCUUCUGGUUCCCACCGGCCUGAGGUCCACGUGCUUGUGGGCGGCACGCAGUUAACUGCUCCCACCUGGUGGGGUUUCAGCGUCUGCCAAACAGCUCAAAAGACACGGCUAAGGCAGUCAUGCAUCGUCCUUGAAGAACCAAAGGCCCUAGACUUUCUUUAGCGACUAAACUAUUACUAUUAUUUCGUCUUGUUUGUUUUCCUUUCUUUUUGUAUUUUCUCACGUCUCUGAUUAAAUUUAGCCUUUGGAACUCGGGGAAGGCCUAGGAGGCAACAGGAAGCAUGCAGAGGACGUGGAGGGGGACACAGUUUCUGUCCCGGGAAGGCCGCUUCCUUGCACAGGACGAUCUGUAUCUUCUCUUCUAUUGUUUAUUUGAUCAUGGGUUCAUAUGGCUGUGUACUUUGGGUGUUUAUUUUAUGCUUCAGAUCAGAACCCUGCACUAUUUAUUCUAUUGCUCAAAUUGUUCCAGUCUUGGUCGCUGGGAGCCCUUCGGCUGUCUCUUGUGUCUGGGACGUGCUUGGAGCUUGCUGACGCUUUCCUGGCAUGACAGGGAGCUGCAGGUUCUCUGGGAUGUUCUCUGCCCCAGCCCUAGAAUCAGCCAUUUCUCUAGGGAGCCCUGGUUCCUCCUGCUGGAGAAUCCUGUUAGAAACUGAGAUCUGGGCCCUGGUGAGGGGCUGCUUGCUGCUGGGAUGUUGCUGCAUCUCAGCCCUCUCGGCUGACACAGCAGAGAAAACACAUGUGUGCUCACCGGUGUACACGCACACAUAUGUGCAUGUGUCCACACGCGCCCGCCUGCAUCUCUGAUGACUACACUCAGGUUCCUGUUCCUGUGUCUCCACCUCACGCCCAGCAGCGCACAGCUGUUCUCAACGCCACCUCCUGCUCCUCUGAAAACCCCACCCAGCAGUGGACGCCGGCCCCCACCCACCUCCCACUCACGUCCUCAUCACACUCCAGCACACGGAGACUCGCGUCCUCAUCAGACUCCAGCACACGGGGACUCACCUCCUCAUCACACCCCAGCACACGGAGACGCACUUCCACCUCACACUCCAGCACACGGAUACGCACUUCCAGCUCACACUCCAGCACACGGAGACUCACUGCCUCAUCACAGGCCAGCACAUGGAGAGUGGCUUCAGGACUGAACCCUGUGGGAAACAACUAUGCUCAGGCACUGUCUUAUCUUUACUUUGUCUUAGUUUUUGUUGUCGUUCAGUCGCUCAGUCGUGUCCAACUCUUUUGUGACCUCAUGAACUGCAGCAUGCCAGGCCUCCCUGUCCAUCACCAAUUCCCAGAGCUUGCUCAACUCAUGUCCAUCGAGUCG